AUGGGACUAGGCCUACUUGUGAAUAGCCUCUCAGAGCUUCAUCUGAGCUUUGGCUCAGAAUCUUUACACAGCAACCUCAGCCUCAUUUACCUCUGUCUGCUGUGGUUGCUGCUUCUCUUCUUCAUCUUCCUCCUGGGGAUUCCCUCCACCCCAACCUUCCGGCGCCAUGAGCACACGCACAGGCGUCGGAGCAGAGACAAGAGGAGAAGGAAAGGUGGGACACAGGAAGGUUUGAGAUAUUACCACAGGGAAGAGCAGGAGAAAAGGAGGCUGAUUUCUGUCCUGAAAAGUUGUGUACCUCCUGUCUCCUGCAGCUCCCUGGGCCAGCAUCAUGAUACCAUCCGCUUUCGUCAACUUUUAUGUCCAGACCCCUCCUGUGAGGUGUGUAAUAAUGCAACUGCUGAGAUCAAUCAGCUGCUGUCCUCAGAGGCCCUCGAAGGUUCUGCUCUCUCUGUGUCCCCUGUGGCUUCCACAGCUCCUGUGACUGAGCCACCAUCCACUCAGUCCUCUGCCUUCGCAGCAGUCACUCCAGGAGACCUAAUACCACCUCCUCUGCCUGAGCCUUCCCCACCUCCCCCCUCCAUUCUCUCCCCUAACCCAAUGACCCCCUUGGGUAAUUUUCUGUCACCCUCACAGCCAGGUCAAACUCUGCCUCCAGAGCCUUCUCCUCCCUCGGAAUCCAAAUUCCCAGUGAGCCAUUCCCCACCUCAACCCAAAGACUUGUUCUCAUCAACCUUGACACAAUGUGAUUUCCAUCAAGAGUUGCCUGCCCUCCAUUCUACAAAGACCUCUUUUGGAGGAGACCCUGCAGCCAAACUUAUAGAUCCUCGACACCUCUUAUUUCUCAGCCCUGAUGAGCAUGACUCAGUACAGCAGUACUCAUAUCCUAAGACCUGGGACGACCUUUUAAAGCAAAAACUUAUCCAGCUUUUCUGGGGUCUUCCAUCUCUGCACAGCGAGUCCUUGCCCUCUGCUGUCCAUGUCUCAAGUGACUAUUCCUCAAUCUUUAUUUUCAAUAGCAUGUCAAAUGCCUUCACAGGCCAAGAACCCCCAGUACUUCCUUAUCACAUGUCUCUAUCUUUGCCUGAGGUCUACCCUCAGCCCUUGCCUCAAACCCUGCCCCAAUCCCAGCCCCUACCUCUCACUCGGAUCCAACCCCAGGCCCACCUUCAAUCCCCACACCCAAUCCUUCCAUCCAGUCCCAUUGCCCAGAUUAGGGCCUGUGGAGUAUAUUUCCAUAGAUAAGNCACACCCCAGAAUGAAUCAGAACUUCUCACCUCAUCUGAAAUUGAACACCUGGAAUAUAAUGUGUUGCAGAAGAAACAGGAAAGUUUGUGGGGUUUACCCUCUGUGGUUCAAAGUUCUAAGGAGUACUCCUGUCCUUCAGCUCCCACUUAUACUUACCGUCGGCCCUCUAAGGCCCAUGCUUCAAUCUCCAUCAAUCCUUUUGAGUUUCCUCUCAGCAGUGAACUUCGAAGGAAAUUUGAGCAUCACCUUAGAAAGAGGCUCAUCCAACACCGGUGGGGCCUGCCCCGCAGGAUCAAUGAGUCUCUGUCACUAAUGAGGCCUCAGAACUAUUGCUCAGACAUACCUGAGUCAAAGAGCAGUUAUGGCCUCUCAUGGAUCUCUUUGUAUAAGGGCCAGAGUAGCAAAAAUCUAUAUGUUGGAUUGAGCCAACCAGGAAGCUUCUACGAGAGGGGCUCAGAAAUGUUUCAGCUAGACCAGAAUGAGGGGAAGGGUGCGGGACACAGCCAAGAGAAUGAUCCAAAAGCUCAUCUGUUGAGUGACUCAGAGAGGUGUUCAGAUAAGUGUGUGAGAAAUGAUUCUUACAUGAGGACUCUGUCAGUGCAGAGUGUAAGCCAGAAGCAAUUGGAAAAAGGCCUGAAAGCACAUCUGAGCAAGAAGUUUGAGGAAAUCAAUGAGGGUCAGCUCCCUGGGACUGUGCAUAGUUCAUGGCAUAGUAUCAAGCAGACACUUCCUGUAAAAUCCAACACCGAAAUAAAACAGAGAAGCUUGCCACCAUCAGUGGGUGGGGACUACUGUCUGGACACAUCCGAGGAGCUUCCUUACCUGGAGUCUGGUACACAGCAGAUGCUGGAAGCCCACAUCACCAAGUUUCGUACAAGGAUGUUGAGGGGUCUUCCCACCAAAGUCCUUGAAUCCAUAGAAGUCUUCAAAAUGAAAGAUGCUUCAUCCCAUUCCUUGAUCGAUCCUAACUCUUCCUCCUCAACCAAACUGACUUCUGAAGAGAACACCAAAUCUGGGGAAUUCACACCCCUUAGAGGAAGCUCUAAAUCCCUUCACAGGGAUGAGGUGGGAACAGAAAAUUCAGCCACCGUCCUGAAUCUUCCUCUCCCUGCCGCCUCACUUGUGAGCAAGGAAGGACAGGGGACCCUGAGACAAUCACCCUCUGAUAUCGAACACGGACUUUCCGAGGCAAUUCAGAGAAAUUUGAAUUCCAAACCGACUCUUCUGCCUGUCACAAACAGCAUCAGUGGCGAAACAAGUCAGAGACAUUCUCUGACAGCCAACAUUCACCCCCCAAAGCUGCCUGUAAGGCAAGCAGGGACUGGACAUGAGCCAGAGGAUAAGAGUGUGAAUUCUAGCAGCAGAGCAGAAAUACAAGAGGGCACAAAUAGAGAGAAAUCAGAACCUGCUUCCAUGUCCAAUGUGUCCGGGGCAAUAGUCAAGGCUGAGGAGCUCGAUGCUCUUCAACCCGAAACUGGUGAUGAAUUGACAACCAGCAAGCUGGGAAUCUCCCAAAGGAUAAAUGUGAAUGAGAGUGAUGGGGACACUGCUGUGACCACUGAAAAACCACCAUCAGAAAUAUCAGUUCUCCAAGAUCCUAACUUAUCAAACCUUAAAAAGCAAGUAAUUGCUGAGUUAAAGCUGAAGUUGGAGGAGAGGACACCUAGCCAGGCCCAAGGCCAACCCGCUGACAUGUCCCAUGACUCAGACAGCUUGACUUACAAAGCCUCCCUGACCCAUGCUCAGGGUGUCUCCAGUGUGGACGAGGCAGCUCCCCAGGUGCUGCAUGUCCACUUGGAGGACAGAGGAGUCAGUGUGGACCCACGGCAGGAACCUUGGCUUCCUAAGAACUUGUUAAGGUCGUGCCGGUAUAAGAUUUUCCCAUCAUCUGAAAAGAAAAUGAGUCCCAAAGGCUCCAAAUCAGAAGAGCAUGGUGCAGGAGAUGCAGGGCUGAGAAUUUUCCAGCCUAGAAGGAAGAGAUUUCCUUCUCAGGACACAGCUUCAGAGAAGGGACAGUCUCCUCCUGAUAGUCUUUUCCUAAGUAAAAUGAAGAGCUUUUUUCAAUGGCUUCAUCCUGAAAUAAAAUGCGAAAAGCAAGAAAACCCUCAGGAAAAGGGCAGCCCCAUAUCCUCUGUGCAGAGCAGAGGCCCAGUUAAAAGCAGAGCUGUCUUUCCUGCAAGGAUGCACGUUCAUACAGUCAUGUCAGACACUGGGAAGUUCCCAGAAGAGAAACUGGGAUGCUGGCCUGCAAUAGAUUCCACCUGCCCUAAAGAGCCCCUUCCCUUUGCAGAGAAGUUUGGGAAAGCUCUGCAGAAGGCACCAGUGCAGGCCCAAGCAGAGCUUGUCCAGGGGCAUCCUUUCAGCUCCAGGACUCCCUCCUGCAAAGUGACAAAUACCNCAGUGUGGACCCACGGCAGGAACCUUGGCUUCCUAAGAACUUGUUAA